AUGGGGGCGUCGGCGUCCAGCAGCAAGGACACAGCAGACGGCAUCCACAAGCCAACAGAGAAGAUGAGCGGCCGGCCGAUGCUGCUCAAUGCCGGCGGCUUCGUCAUGGCGUUCCCUCGGGAUGUGCUGCUGCGCGAGGGGCUGCGGGACACCUGCCUGGCGGUGCUGCUGAACCGCUUCGACAGCUGGAUGAUCACAGACGACAAUCGCAUUCACUUCAUUGACGCAGACCCCUUCUACUUCAUCUGGUGAGGGUGAGGGAGGGAAGCAACACGAUGGCUGACAGGCAGCAGCACUCGCCGUGUGUGUGUUCAGGUUGGCUGAGAAGCCGCACUGCCUGAGCUGCAGCCGCAUCGACGUGAGUGAGAUCAUCGAGGGCUGCCCCGCACUGGCCUUCUACCACAACCGCUUCUUCGCCAAGACGGCCGUCACCAUCGAGCCGCAACACGGUGACCACGACAGCGAGGCGUUCCGUGGCUUCAUGGCCGUCAUGGGGCCCUUCAUCAGCUCAUCGGUGGCGGGCGGGACGGGCGGCAGUGAG